UCUGACCUUCAUCCUUUCUCUCAUUGACCUCCAUACCCUUGCUCUUUUAUCCCUUUUUUAAGCUCAGCAUGCACUCUAAAUAUCUUCAGCUUGCUUUCCUUCUCUUACUGUCUCUUGUUGCAUUGAUUCUUCUCCAGUCCUUCCAACUCAACUUUCACUCCUCCACAAAUCCCUACCCUUACCAGAAGAGACCUGUCCACGUUCUGAUCAUCUCCUCCUGGCGUUCUGGCUCGUCAUUCAUUGGACAGAUCUUUAACCAUCACAAUGACGUAUUUUACCUCUUUGAGCCUGCUCAUCCUAUUUGGAUGAGACUUAAUCAAGAGUCAGCAGAACUACUUCACUAUCCAGUCAGAGACCUUCUCCGUUCCCUGUUUUUUUGCGAUGUGACUCCUCUCUAUUCCUAUCUCCCUAGUGGUGGGCAACGCAUAUCUGAGAUGAAGUUUUUUGCAGAGAGUCGGGCUCUCUGUUCAACUCCUUUUUGCCAAGCUUCAAUCCCAUUAGAAGGCUAUGACCGCAAUUUAUGUUUCCACCGCUGUAAAAAUAUUUCACUUGGAAAGAUGGAAGAAACAUGCCGGUCUUAUAGCCAUGUAGUUAUGAAAACUGUGAGGAUCUUUGACCUUAAAGUCAUUCUACCUCUUCUCCAGGAUCCAACGCUAGACUUAAGAAUUAUCCACCUAGUACGAGACCCACGAGCCGUGACUGCAUCCCGGAAAUAUUUUAGUCUUAACAUUGAUGACCAAAUUGUUGUGGGAAAUGAAAAAAAACAGAAGGAUAAAAAAUAUAAACUCACUCUUGCACAGGUCAUGACCAAGAUCUGUAAUGCCCAGGUCACCAUUAACAAAGCAGCCAUAGCAGCUGGAGAGUCCUUGCAUGGGCGCUAUAUGUUGCUAAGACAUGAAGAUCUAGCCAUGGAACCGUUACUGAAUGUCAAAAGAAUUUACAAGUUUGUUGGUCUCAGUAUUAGCCCAAAUCUAGAGAAAUGGAUUUAUAAUGUCACCCAUAAUGAUAGCCAAAGCAGAAAGGAAUUUAUGCCCUAUUCCAGAGACGCAAUAAGUGUAACACAGAAAUGGAGGAAGGUGCUAAAAUUUGCCAAUGUAAAAGAGAUUGAGCAUGUCUGCAGUGAGGAGAUGAAACAGUUUGGCUACUUACCACUGAAAUCACCAAAACAUCUGGGAAACCUUAAAGUGAAUCUUGUUGCCCGAAGGAAGAUAGAGGGAGAGGAGGAAUGACAGUGCUUUGCAAGGGAUAGGUGGA